CGGGCUAAGGGGGCGGCAUUUGUUCUGGGGCCAGGCAUGAGUGAAGAAGAUGAGCAAAGAAACAACAGAGGAGGGAGGGAGGGAGGAGAGGGAUGGAACAAGAAGAAUGGAGAAGCUGAGAAAAAAGACCCAGAGAAACAAAGAGGGAUGUGA